CUAGAGCAAAGUCACCCGUCCGAUCAGAAGUAGAGAGAGUCGCUUCAUGCUUCGCACAUGUCACAAGUAGUACAAGCCAGACUCCAAAGCCGAUUUACAUCGUCUGAACAAAACAAAGCAUUUGCCCUAACAUUAUGCAAACCGUCUAAAGUUGUGCACUUCACUUGAAUUGAAACAUGUCGUCGAUCCGUUUGUCUUUGGCCGGACGAAGCUGCGCUGACAGCGGACUGAGCGGAUAAACGAGACUGAAUGUGACGGCUCGUCGCGUCGGUGAAUGAAGAAGCACCAGCCGUUCGCUUCGAAGCAAAACACGUCCGAACAUGGCUGACAGAACAGCUCCGAACUGUCAUCUACGACUCGAGUGGGUUUACGGCUACCGGGGACACCAGUGCCGCAACAACCUGUACUACACGGCCGCCAAGGAGAUCGUGUACUUUGUCGCCGGCGUCGGAGUUGUGUACAACACACGGGAACACAAGCAGAAAUUUUAUUUGGGACAUAACGAUGACAUAAUCAGUUUAGCCCUGCAUCCAGAGCGAGUGCUGGUGGCCACAGGACAGGUUGGAAAGGAGCCGUAUAUCUGUGUGUGGGACUCAUAUACUGUGCAGACAGUGUCCAUAUUGAAAGACAUGCACACACACGGUAUCUCCUGUCUCGCCUUUGACCUUGAUGGACAGGUGAGUAUAUUUGACAUAUCAUGGGACCUGUAUCAGCAAAGCAAGCUAGUGAGCUGUGGAGUCAAACAUAUCAAGUUUUGGAGUCUUUGUGGGAACGCUCUGACCCCUAAGCGUGGCAUGUUUGGGAAGACUGGAGACCUUCAGACUAUCCUCUGCCUGGCCUGUGCGAAAGACGAGAUCACAUAUUCAGGUGCCUUGAAUGGAGACAUCUAUGUCUGGAAGGGAAUCAGUUUAAUCCGGACAGUUCAAGGGGCUCAUGGGUCUGGUAUUUUCAGCAUGAAUGCAUGUGAAGAAGGCUUUGCCACUGGAGGCAGGGAUGGCUGCAUCCGGUUAUGGGACCUGAACUUCAAACCCAUCACCGUCAUUGACCUCAGGGAAACAGACCAGGGAUAUAAGGGCCUGUCAGUGCGGAGCGUGUGCUGGAGAGGGGAUCACAUUCUGGUGGGCACGCAGGACAGUGAGAUUUUUGAGGUGGUGGUGCACGAUCGCACCAAGCCCUUCCUCAUCAUGCAGGGUCAUUGCGAGGGCGAGCUGUGGGCCUUGGCGGUUCAUCCUACCAAACCUCUUGCCAUGACCGGCAGUGACGACCGCUCUGUUCGGAUCUGGAGUCUGGUAGAUCACGCACUAAUAGCACGCUGCAACAUGGAGGAGCCUAUACGCUGUGCUGCUGUUAGUACGGAUGGUAUCCACCUCGCUCUGGGAAUGAAAGACGGAUCCUUCACAGUGCUGAGAGUCAGGGACAUGACGGAGGUGGUCCACAUUAAGGACCGUAAAGAGGCCAUCCAUGAACUGAAGUACUCCCCUGACGGAGCGCACCUAGCCGUGGGCUCUAACGAUAACUCGGUGGACAUCUACGGCGUUGUGCAGCGCUAUAAGAAGGCGGGCGAAUGCGUGGGCUCCAGCAGCUUCAUCACACACAUGGAUUGGUCCACGGACAGCAAGUAUCUACAGACCAACGACGGCAACGGUCGGCGGCUCUUCUACAAGAUGCCCAGUGGCAAGGAAGUGACCAACAGAGAAGAACUGAAGCUUGUCCAGUGGUCUUCAUGGACUUGUGUCCUCGGGCCGGAGGUGAACGGGAUCUGGCCUAAAUACUCUGAUAUCAAUGACAUCAACUCUGUAGAAGCUAACUUCAAUAGUCAAGUUUUAGUUACAGCAGACGAUUAUGGAUUAGUUAAAUUGUUUCGGUACCCAUGUGUAAGAAAAGGUGCUAAGUUUAAAAAAUAUUUAGGACACUCAGCACACAUAACCAAUGUCAGAUGGUCACAUGAUUAUCAAUGGGUGAUUACUAUUGGUGGAGCCGACCACUCAGUGUUCCAGUGGAAGUUUGUCCCUGAAAGGAAGUCAAAAGAAACUCUUCAUUUAGCUCCUCAAGAGACAUUAGUAGACUCGCACAGCGAGGAAUCCGACUCGGAUCAGUCAGACGUGCCUGAGAUGGACUCUGAAAUUGAACAGGAAACACAACUUACUUACCGACGACAGGUUUACAAAGAAGAUCUACCUCAGCUCAAAGAGCAGUGUAAGGAGAAGCAUCGUGCCAUGGCUAUGAAGAAAAGGGAACGAGCUCCAGCCAGUGGAUUGAGGUUGCACUUUAUUCAUGGUUACAGAGGUUAUGACUGCAGAAGUAACCUCUUCUACACUCAGACCGGUGAGAUUGUGUAUCAUGUGGCGGCUGUAGGAGUGGUGUACAACAGACAGCAGAACACACAACGCUUUUACCUGGGCCAUGAUGAUGACAUCCUCUGCCUGGCCAUCCACCCCAUCAAAGACUAUGUAGCCACAGGCCAGAGCCGUAUGAUGUCUGUCUCUGCAGCGGAUGGGAAGAGGCUGGCUUCGGUGGGUCUGGAUGACAAUCAUACCAUCGUCCUUUGGGAAUGGAGAAAAGGAGAGAAGCUCUCCACCAUCCGGGGAAGUAAAGACAAAAUAUUUGUCAUUAAAAUCAACCCGUACAUGCCAGACAAACUGAUAACCGCUGGAGUGAAACACAUGAAGUUUUGGCAUAGAGCAGGUGGUGGACUGAUUGGGAAGAAGGGCAGCAUGGGAAAAACUGAAACCAUGAUGUGCGCAGUGUACGGCUGGACGGAAGAAAUGGUGUUCUCAGGAACCUGCACGGGUGACAUCUGCAUCUGGAGAGAUAUGUUCCUGGUGAAAACCGUCAAAGCUCAUGAUGGGCCGAUGUUUAGCAUGCACGCCCUGGAGAAGGGUUUUGUUACUGGUGGAAAGGAUGGAAUAGUGGCUUUGUGGGACGAUACGUUUGAGAGAUGCCUCAAGACGUAUGCCAUAAAACGAGCGGUGCUGGCCCCAGGCUCCAAAGGUUUGCUGUUAGAGGACAACCCCUCCAUUCGUGCCAUAUCUUUGGGUCAUGGGCAUAUUCUUGUAGGAACAAAGAACGGAGAGAUUCUGGAGGUGGAAAAAAAUGGGCCCAUAACUCUUCUGGUUCAGGGUCACAUGGAGGGCGAGGUCUGGGGUCUUGCCACUCACCCGCAUCUGCCACUGUGUGCCACUGUGAGUGACGAUAAGACCCUCCGCAUAUGGGAUCUGUCCCCCAGCCAUUGCAUGCUCGCCGUGCGCAAACUCAAGAAAGGUGGGCGAUGUUGCUGCUUCUCUCCAGAUGGGAAAGCUCUAGCUGUGGGUCUCAACGAUGGCAGCUUCCUCAUCGUCAACGCCGACACUCUAGAAGACCUGGUGUCAUUUCAUCACCGCAAAGACAUCAUAUCAGACAUCCGCUUCUCUCCUGUAACAGGCAAGUAUUUGGCUGUGGCAUCAGGUGACAGCUUAGUGGAUAUUUACAACGUGAUGAGCAGCAAGAGGGUUGGUGUGUGCAAAGGCUCCAUGAACUACAUCACCCAUCUGGACUGGGACAAGAGAGGGAAGCUUUUGCAGGUCAACACAUCAGCAAAGGAGCAGCUAUUUUUUGAGGCCCCUCGUGGAAAGAAGCAAACAAUUCCUGCUACAGAGGUGGACAAGAUCGACUGGAGCACAUGGACAUGUGUGCUUGGAAGUUCCUGUGAGGGAAUUUGGCCUGCGGUCAGUGAAGUUACUGAAGUUACUUCCGCAUGUCUAAGCAAUGACAGGAAGUUGCUAGCUACUGGGGAUGACCUUGGAUAUGUCAAGCUCUUCAAAUAUCCAGUCAAGGGGAAAUAUGCAAAGUUUAAGCGGUACAUGGCCCACAGUACCCAUGUGACUAAUGUGCGCUGGUCGCAUGACGACUCUUUGCUGGCGUCGGUCGGUGGCUUUGACACCUGUCUGAUGAUCUGGAGCCAUGAGACCGAGGGCCGCCGAGAGGCCAGACAGUGUGACAGUGAGGAGUCAGACAUCGAGAGCGAAGACGAUGGAGGGUAUGACAGUGAUGUAACUCGGGAGAAUGAGAUCAUCUAUGUAAUCAAGGCCUUAUCCACAAACGUGCGACUCAUGACGGGGGUCAAACCCCACUUACAACUGAAGGAGCCGUCGGUAGAUGAAAGGCAGGGCGUAGUCAGGGGCUCAAGACCCCCAGUGAGCAGGGCACCACCAAUGCCAGAGAAACUGCAGACCAACAACGUGGGCAAGAAAAAGAGACCCAUUGAGGACCUGGUGCUCGAACUGGUGUUUGGUUACCGAGGCAACGACUGCCGUAACAAUGUGCAUUACCUUAAUGAGGGGGCGGACAUCAUUUACCACACUGCCUCAGUAGGGGUCGUCUUAAACUUAACAACAGCCUGUCAGAGUUUCUAUUUGGAACACAGUGAUGAUAUUCUGUGCCUGACUAUUAAUCAGCACCCAAAGUUCCCCAACGUAGUGGCAACUGGCCAAGUAGGUGAUGCUGGUGAUAUGUCAGCCACAUCUCCUUCUAUCCAUGUGUGGGAAGCCAUGAAUAAACAGACCCUCUCUGUGCUGCGCUGCCAUCAUUCUAGGGGCGUUUGCUCUGUAAGCUUCAGUGCCACCGGCAAACUGCUGCUUUCUGUGGGUCUGGACCCCCAGCACAGCCUCACCAUCUGGAAGUGGCAGGAAGGUGCCAAAGUAGCAUGUCGGGCCGGUCACACCCAGAGGAUCUUUGUGGCAGAGUUCCGGCCUGAUUCGGACACUCAGUUUGUGUCAGUGGGGAUAAAACACGUGCGGUUCUGGACGCUGGCCGGCAAGGCCCUGCUCAGCAAGAAAGGAGUGCUCAGCUCCAUUGAGGAAGCCCGUAUGCAGACCAUGCUCUCAGUGGCAUUUGGAGCUAAUAACUUGACAUUUACAGGUACCAUUAGUGGAGAUGUGUGUGUGUGGAAGGAACACGUUCUAGUGAGAAUCGUGGCUAAGGCUCACACUGGACCUGUGUUCACCAUGUACACCACAUUACGUGACGGGCUCAUUGUGACGGGGGGCAAAGAACGACCGUCUAAGGAGGGUGGUGCGCUCAAACUGUGGGAUCAGGAGUUGAAGCGAUGCAGAGCCUUCAGACUGGAGACGGGCCAGAUCAUAGACUGUGUGCGCUCCGUCUGCAGGGGCAAGGGGAAGAUUCUCGUAGGCACUCGGAAUGCUGAGAUUAUUGAGGUUGGUGAGAAGAAUGCAGCGUGUAAUAUUCUGGUGAACGGCCACAUGGAUGGUCCUAUCUGGGGACUGGGAGCUCACCCCACCCGAGACGUCUUCCUGUCUGCUGCUGAGGACGGCACUGUGCGCCUCUGGGAUAUUUCAGAGAGGAAGAUGCUGAAUAAAGUAAACCUCGGUCAUCCUGCACGUGCGGUCAGCUACAGCCCAGAGGGUGACAUGGUGGCCAUCGGCAUGAAGAAUGGAGAGUUCAUCAUCCUCCUUGUUACCUCACUCAAGAUCUGGGGGAAGAAGAGAGAUCAGCGCUCUGCCAUACAAGAUAUCAGGUUCAGUCCAGACUCGCGCUACCUGGCUGUGGGUUCCAGUGAGAAUGCAGUAGAUUUUUACGACCUGACAUUAGGACCGCAGCUCAACCGCAUCAACUGCUGCAGGGACAUCCCUAGCUUUGUCAUGCAGAUGGAUUUUUCUGCUGACAGCUGCUAUGUGCAGAAUCUGUUUCCUCAGGCCAAACACAAGCGUUUUCUGGGCCACUCUGCCCACCUGACCAACAUUCGCUUCACCAGUGGGGAUCGCUUUGUCGUCAGCGCCGGAGGCGAUGAUAGAAGUCUGUUUGUAUGGCGGUGUGUUCACGCUCCUCACUGAUGGCAUGCAGUCUCCUCUCCUCUGCCUCAAAACCAUCACAAGCCCAGCUGACAGCACGAGUGAACCGACUCAUGGAAUGAGGAUUUCACCAUCUGUCUGCUCCGGGACCAGAUCCAUGCGUCUUAAUGAGCCGUCACCCAUACCUGAACUCAGCUGUUUUUGAAUGAUAGUUGGGUCGAUAGUGUCACAUGACCCAAAACACAGUAAAAGAUCUGUCAGAUGUGUGUGUUUACCCCACCACACACACACACACAAAAAAGAAAAUUCUGCGCUACAAGUUGCAGAACGUAAUUUAUUUUGGAGUCCAUCUGUACAAAUGUUCUUUAAGAUUUUUUUCCAAAUGAAAAAGAACUUGUAGCAAGCUAAGUACGAUUAGCCUUAAACUACCCAUAUUUUUGUUCAUUUAGGUGUGUUUUUCUGUUGGAGAUUCUCGUUUUCUAUUAUAACCCGAUUGUUUUCUGUUGUAGUUAUGUUGGUUCUUUUUGAGGGUUUUUUAGAUCUCCUGUGGCCUUCUCCCUGAAUGUAACACUGGCGUUAUAUUCUAGGAUGUCAGCAUGCCAAAGCAUUCUAUGCACUGUAUACUUGACCUGCUCACUGUGGUAGUCCAGUGGUCUGUUAAUGUUGAUCUGGAACGUGAUCUCCCUAAACAGUAUAGAUGACACUCCUAACCUCAUAUGUAGCAAUUUUAGCUCGAUUCGUGAACUUGAGAUGUCUGUUUGUGCGUCUGUGCGAGUAGGUAUGAACUUUAUGCUUUGUGUUUCAUGUCUGAGAUCGAAGUUUAAAAGAAAAAAUGGUAAUGCAAUUGCAAUCCUUCAGAAAAUGAAUGAAAAGAGUUUGUUUCAAUGCUGUCUUAUCUGAAAUCACUGUUCAUCUUGCUGCUGAAGCCUUUAUAACAUCAUAUUCAUUCUGAUUAGGAAUUAAAGUUUUUUUAUUGUUUUUAUUUUCAUUUGAUUUUACUCAGCUGGAUUGUCGAGGUUCAAAGUGAACUGAAGAUAUGAAAUGCAACAUUUUCUCUCCUUCGGUAUCAUCCUGACCGAAAGAGAUGUGCUUAAUGCAUAUUUUGAUUUUCUUAUCAAUGUAAAUAUCAUUUGUAAAGACAUUCUUUUGUAUAUUUUUGUGAAAUGUUUCUUAAAA